AAUGAAGCCUCUGCAUGAAAGGCUAUGACCAACACAAAGUCCAGACUGUAAACAUCCACAAUAAAAGCCAGAACCCAAGAAUGAAGACCAAGUAUGCUAUCAUUUUUAUUUGUAUUGUGGCCCUGGUCAUCAUUGGAAAAGAAAUCAACAUCAUCUCAAGGGUUUCUGAUAAGCUGAAUAAGAGGCAGAGUCCACAGCAGACCCCACAGACUCCCCAAGAUGAGAGCAACAUGACACAAAAUGACUUGCUGGCGCUACUCAAAGCGCUGCCCUCUAAAUGGCUUGGCAGUCGAGGAAACACAAAUUUCUCUGACGAGCAAGAACUGGAUGAUAUAGACAUGUACAGCUACAGAGGCAGCCGCAAGCAUGUACUGCUCAUGGCCAGCACACGAACAGGAUCGUCGUUUGUGGGGGAGUUUUUUAACCAGCAUGGAGAGAACAUGUUUUAUUUGUUUGAGCCUUUGUGGCACGUUGAACGCAUGCUGGCCACAACGGCAGAGACAAACAAUGGGACGGGCUUAGGAUGGAUUUACCGUGACGUACUCCGAGCGCUCUUCCUGUGUGACUUUUCAUUCCUAGAGAAGUUCAUCUCUCCUCCACCAAAUGACCACGUCACCCCUGCUCUUUUUCGCAGAGAGUCAAGCUUAUCGCUUUGUGACGAACCUGUCUGCGCCCCUGUGAACAAAGACGUUUUUGAGAGGUAUCACUGUAAGACUCGUCGCUGUGGGCCACUGAACUUGACGCUUGCCUCUCAGUCCUGCUUGUCUAAACAGCACCAUGCUAUAAAGACUGUCCGUGUGCGACAGCUGGACACGCUGCAGCUUUUGGUGCAGGACCCUCGCCUGGACGUCAGAGUUAUCCAGCUGGUUCGAGAUCCACGAGCCAUCUUAGCAUCUCGCAUGGUGGCUUUCUCCUCACAGUAUAAGACAUGGAAGGCCUGGGCGCAGGACGGCCUUGUACCUGAAGAUGAUGAGGAGGUGAAGAGGCUCAAGGGGAACUGUGAUCAUGUUAGGAUUUCCGUAGAGAUGGGGCUGAGCCAGCCAGACUGGCUGAAGAGUCGAUACAUGUUGGUGCGGUAUGAGGAUAUCGCUCGGUACCCGAUGGAGAAAGCAGAGGAGAUGUACAGGUUUGCUGGCAUACCGUUUAGUUCCCAAGCUAGGGAGUGGAUUUUGAGAAACACGCAGACAACACAGGAAGCCAGUGGAAUAUACUCCACUCAGAAAAACUCUUCACAACAGGCUGAGAAAUGGAGACAUAGCAUUCCCUUUACACUGGCUCAGGUGGUGCAGAAAGUGUGUGGACCCACUAUGAAACUGUUUGGAUACAAGUUUGUGGAAGACGAAAGGACGCUGAUCAAUAAAUCUAUUAGUCUGCUUGAAGAUAAACAAUUUUAUUAA